AUUAGUAGGAUAACCAUCUGAUGGCAGAUGGGCAACGGCAAGUACAAACUGGAUGCCCCACCGGCCACCGCACUAGACAACAGCGCCCCGCUCAGAUUCCCGUCCCUCGCUCUCCCUUCCACCGAGACCUCUGCGCUUCGGUCGUUGCGGACCGCAGGAGUGAAGAUUCCAUGGCGGAGGAAGUGGCGCAGGAGCAACCGAGACCCACGGCGCCACGCCCGGUCCGCUGUAUAGUCAAGCUAGGUGGAGCGGCGAUUACGAACAAGGGCGAGCUGGAGAGCAUCAACGAGGAGAACCUACGGUCGGCAUGUGCGCAGCUGCGGCAUGCCAUGUCUGAAUCUGACGGCGAUGGCGCCACGGAGAAGGUUCUGGGGAUGGACUGGAGCAGGAAGCCCGGAGAUCCGGCCGACCCGGCCGUGGACGCGGAGUGGAUCGCGGGGAUGGCUGGGCUGGGGCUCGACACUAACUUCAUCGUCGUGCACGGCGCCGGGUCUUUUGGCCACUUCCAAGCAAGUAGAUCUGGAGUUCAUAAAGGAGGGUUACAUUCGACACUGGUGAAGGCUGGCUUUGUCGCUACAAGAAUUUCAGUGACAUCUCUCAACCAGGAAAUUGUUAGAGCCCUAGCAAGAGAAGGAAUACCAUCUGUUGGGAUGUCACCAUUUGCUUGUGGGUGGUCUACCCAGCAAAGAAAACUUGCAUCAGCAAAUGCUUCUCAAAUAAUUCAGUCACUCCAUACAGGCUUUGUCCCAGUUUUGCAUGGUGAUGCAGUUCUUGAUGAAUUACUGGAUUGUACCAUAUUGAGUGGGGAUGUCAUUAUACGACAUCUUGCACAGCUUCUAAGUCCAAGAUAUGUUGUGUUUCUGACAGAUGUCCAUGGAGUAUAUGAUCGCCCUCCAACUGACCCAAAUGCAGUACUCCUGAAAGAAAUAGAGGUGGAUGACAAUGGAGGCUGGUCGAUUGUCAAACCUGCAUUGCUGCAAGGCAACACUAAAGGAGUUGAGAUAUCAGUUGCAGCACAUGACACCACCGGUGGGAUGGAGACCAAAAUACUGGAGGCUGCAGUGAUAGCUAGGCUUGGAAUCGAUGUGUAUAUUACCAAGGCUGGAACAGAACACUCGCUGAGGGCCUUAAAGGGGGAUGUUAGCACCGACUCAGAAGAUUGGCUUGGAACUAUUAUACGCUCUUCCAAAUAGAUUUCUUGUUGCAAAACAUUCGGACUGGUUACUGGCGAUUUUCCCGAUGUUAUAUGAGCAAGUGAUGAGCCUUGGGCUUUUGAUGAUGAUUCAACACGGGUCUAUUCCUAACUGUGAUCGUAGUUUGGUUCAUAUCCUGUUCGUUUGGCUGAAAAGUUAUAAUUGAAAGUAUUGUUCGCUGA